UCCCCCCCGCCGCGGUAGAAAGAGGUGGUACACGCCGAAAUGGCGGCCUCUGUGUUCCAACGAGGGCUGCUGUGCUGGAGCAGGACUGGUGUCCAGAGCUGGGCUGCGGCAGGUAAAAGAUGUAUUCUUUCGGCAGCUUAUGUGGACAGCACAGCAUGGGAAGAAAGAGAAAAAGAUCAGAAGAGCCUAGUUGAUUUGGCCAGUUUGAUGGACAGAACUUAUGAAAGAAAGCUUCCAGUCAGCUCUUUAACUAUAUCUCGGUUUAUAGACAACAUUUCUUCACGGGACCAAGUGGAUCAAGCUGAAUAUUAUCUUUACAAGUUCCGUCACAGCUCUAAUUGUUUUUACUUGAGAGACUGGAGCAUCCACAGCUGGAUUAGGCAAUGCCUUAAGUUUGGGGCACAGGAUAAAGCUUUGUACACUUUGCAAAAUAAGGUACAAUAUGGAAUAUUCCCUGAUAAUUUUACCUUCAAUAUAUUAUUGGAUUCUUUUAUAAAGGACGAGAAUUAUGAAGAUGCUAUGGCUGUAGUCUCUGAGAUCAUGAUACAGGAAUUUUUUGAUGAAGUGUCUACACAACUUCUCUCACUCUACGUCAUGUAUAAAUAUUUGACAACCAAAUCAGAACUUACGUGGAAGGAAGAGAAAAAUCUUGGCGCAUCCCUGUUGCUCACAGGUCUGAAGCAGACCAACACGGUGGGAGUCAGUUCUCAGCUGUACGGCUAUGCCCUCCUUGGGAAAGUGGAGCUGCACAAGGGGCUACGAGCUGCAUACCACCAGAUGCCCCUCAUGUGGACCCCGGGGUACCUGAACAGAGCCUUGCUGCUGAUAGAGAAUGUGGUGUCGCUUCCCAAUGAUGUCAAGCUCUGCAAGGAAGCCAUUGACGUUCUGGCAGCCAUUUUGCAGCCCAUGCCUGUGACGGAAGCUUCUCAAGAAGACGCCAAUGAUCCAGAAGAAACGCCGAAGCAAGUGCAGUCAGAAGAGACAGAGGUGCCUCGACUGCCUGAGUACCUGAACCGAUUCAGGGAGCUGAAUUCUAAACUGCAGUCGCUUGGCAAGGUGGAAUCUGCCCGGUUGUUGACACUGACCACCCAGCUUGUCGAGGAAAAGCUGCCAGCAUGUGAAGUGGAAGACAUUGCAAAGUACACGGAGAAACUGAAGGCAUGGGGGCAGGAGCGAGCAGCCCUGAUUGAGAGGGAGAGAGAGAUGAGGGAGAAGGCCAAGCAGGAGCUGGAAGCCCGGAAUGCAGCAACCGCGUCCGUUUAAUAUUCCUGGCUUACAAACAUCUUGUCAUGCUACAGAUACCCCUGGCAAGUGGGUGAACAGCGCUGUUGCUUUGUGACCUUGACUGUACCCAGAUUAAAAACCUUUCCGGAUCCAAUUUACAUGUCCAUCUAGUAAGGGUAUUUCUCUCCUCCCCACCCACCCCCUUUUAAAUCUCUAAUUAUGAUUGUACCUCAAGGGCUCCAUUUUGUCUCUGUUGUGUCUAGGAGCAAAUAUCCGUCAUCAAAUAGAAUGAUUCAUUUCUAAAAA